CAGUAGCAAGCUGUGAUUGAGGAGAGAGAGAGAGAGAGAGAACUGAAAACAUGUAUUUAGAAGUCUUGUUACAACGUGUGCUGUGGAUCUGUGUUCUCCUGGAGGAGGCUAGCGAUGUUUCUGCAGCCAAGCACACUGUGUACUGGAACACUACAAAUGCCAGGUUUCGAGGGGACAAUUACACAGUCCGAGUGGAAAUCAAUGACUACCUGAACAUCGUGUGCCCACAUUACUCGCCCGCUACCCCAGAGGAGCAGACGGAGAGCUUCCAGCUGUACAUGGUGGACGCCGAGGGUUACGGGCACUGUCACGUCAACAGCAAGGCCUUCAAGCGCUGGGAGUGCAACCGGCCACACGCUCCCUUCGGCCCUGUCUGCUUCCUGGAGAAGAUCCAGCUCUUCACCCCUUUCUCGCUGGGCUUUGAGUUCCGGCCUGGCACUGACUACUAUUACAUAUCAAUACCCCCUGAGAAUAGGGGUAAAUGCCUGCGACUGAGGGUAUCUGUCUGCUGUACCGCAACUUUGAAACCAACCACGGAGGCAUCGCAACCAGAAAUGAAAGAAAGGACACAGCAAGGACCUUUCCCUCACAAGAAGCAGAGGCUGGUUGUCAGCCACUUCUGGACAGUGCUUGCCGGUGAUUUCCUUUGGCUAGUGCCUAUCCCGAUGGUGAUUCUGACUCAAUACCAUCCUUCCGUUCAAACUCGGCCUGGACUGCAGAGAGCGGUUUGCCAUCAAUCUCAGAUUGGGCAGAAGAAACCCAAACCAGACUCGGUUGCUAUGGGUAGCGUUGCAUUUUGCUGCUUGAGUCUGAGGCCUUGGCGAACUCUGCGGAUUUGAACACUCAAAACGCCAACCACGUGUCAAGGUAAAGCAGUUUGGCCACUUUUUCGGUGAGAACAUCUAGUUAUCUUGACCCACAGACAAAGGAGGAAAAUAUAUUUGGGCUCCAAUAUGAAUGCUACAGAACCACCAGAGGCAGCAGGGCGAAGCCUCACAAUGUAGGCCCGAUUUCUGAGCAAUCCAAGAGGGCGCCAUUGACUCGAGCGUAUCCUGCUCCUCCCUCCCGCUGGCUCAACCGGGAGGCCAAGGACUGAGGUUAGGAACUCCCCGGAGGUUUCUCGCUACGAUUGGCCUGGCCCUCACCUCCAGCCGACGUGCUGGCUCCCGGGAACCAGCGGUGGCCAAGCGGACCUUCACCCGGGCGUCCAGCUCCUCCUGGAGAUGUCGGGGCAGCUGUGGAAGGCUUGGCAAGCCCCUUCCAGGCAGGUGGGUGGGCGAUUUGUGGGAUCUGUGGACCAAUUCCCGUUUGAAAAGAGAGCGGGUUAUAUCUUCUGAGAAGAUUUUGAGUUUGACGACUGCCAGAGAUGGAGUGUGUUUACAUUUGUCAUUUUGGUACUUUUUCUGGACUUUCAUUUUUUUGAUUCCAAUAAAGCAACAAAAGAGA